UGCACACUGCUGACCCGUUCGUUGGAAGGAGUGGUAAACGUUGUUUUGCUUAACGAGUGCUGCGAAGCAAGCCCCAAAUCUGUGCGUCGACGGACGAACGGUCAUUUAGACUGAAAGUUUUAUCCAAAUCAGAAUCUCCGUCAGCGUCGCUCCUGGUCCUCUUUAAAUCCCCGUUCAUAGUGAACCGUUGUGUUUGGCUGUGUGGUAGUGGAAGGUGCUGCAAGCGAUACGCGAAAACAAUCUAGUGACGACAUUUUUCUCAGUGGAUUUCACAUUACCAUUCUUCGAUUGUGAAUGUCGCUGGGCUAACAGCAGUCGACUUCCGUAACUGCGAAGUGGUGUCGCACCUGUGUGCGUAAUGCCCGCGUGGUAGUGGUGAGCGCGCUUCGGGAGCUUCGUGUGACAGAUCAGGUUCGGUUCGAUCGUUCAUACUCACUGCGUAAACACAGAUCAUCAGCUUGAGCGGAGAAGUCUUGAUUGUCGAGCAGCAGCAGCAACUCUAGCCAACCGAGGCGUGUGAACGCGUCAGCUUCUUCUACGUCUUCCCGCACGCCGCCCAGGUCUCUCCCAAUCCACGGGCCAGUGUCCGUUCACCCGGAAGUGAGGAUGGAUUCGGAUGACGAAAGCUUCGAGGAGCACGACUCGGGCAACGUUUCCAGCGGGGACGAUGAUUUCGCGAUGGACGUGGACAUCAACAAUCCACGGGACCGUGGCCAGGAGACGGACGACUAUCCGUACGAGGUGCUGACGACGGAACAAAUCGUGCAGCAUAUGGUCGAUUGCAUCAAGGAUGUAAACACGGUCGUGGAGAUUCCCACUACAACUACGCGGAUUUUGCUAAACCAUUUCAAAUGGGACAAAGAAAAGUUAAUGGAACGGUUUUACGAUGGCGACCAGGACAAGCUCUUCAAGGAUGCACACGUUAUCAAUCCGUUCCGAAAGCCCAGCUUAGCGCUCAAGCCAAAGAUAAAAAAAUCCAGAACGGAGGAUUGUGAGAUCUGCUACUCAACGAUUCACCCAAGUAUGAUGACCGGCCUGGAAUGCGGGCACCGCUUCUGCACCCAAUGCUGGCAGGAGUACCUGACGACCAAGAUCGUGGAGGAGGGGCUCGGUUUGUCGAUAGCGUGCGCAGCGCACGGAUGUGAUAUUCUGGUCGAUGACGUAACAGUGAUGCGGUUGGUGCAGGAUGAUCGAGUGAGACACAAAUAUCAGCACCUUAUCACCAACAGCUUUGUGGAGUGUAAUCGUCUGCUUCGUUGGUGUCCCUCGGCUGACUGUACGUUUGCGAUCAAGGUACAGUACGUCGAUCCGCGGCCCGUGAUUUGCAAAUGCAAUCACGUGUUUUGUUUCGAGUGUGGCGAAAACUGGCACGACCCGGUCCAGUGUCGGUUGCUGAAGAAGUGGAUAAAAAAGUGCGACGAUGAUUCUGAAACGUCUAACUGGAUCGCGGCCAACACGAAGGAGUGCCCGAAGUGUAACGUAACGAUUGAAAAGGACGGUGGCUGUAAUCAUAUGGUAUGCAAAAAUCAGAACUGCAAGCACGACUUUUGCUGGGUGUGUCUCGGGUCCUGGGAACCGCAUGGUUCCUCAUGGUACAAUUGCAACCGUUACGACGAAGACGAAGCUCGAGCAGCCCGCGAUGCGCAGGAGAAACUGCGUUCAACGUUAGCAAGAUAUCUGCACUACUAUAACCGAUACAUCAAUCAUAUGCAGUCGUUGAAGUUUGAGCAUAAGCUGUACGCAGCAGUGAAGGAUAAGAUGGAAGAGAUGCAGCAGCAUAAUAUGUCCUGGAUAGAGGUCCAGUUUCUGAAGAAGGCGGUCGACAUACUCUGCCAGUGUCGCCAGACGCUUAUGUGCACUUACGUGUUUGCCUACUAUCUGAAGAAAAAUAACCAAUCGCAAAUUUUUGAGGAAAAUCAAAAAGAUCUGGAAACGGCCACUGAAAAGCUAUCCGAGUACUUGGAGCGUGACAUCACGUCGGAAAACUUAGCCGACAUUAAGCAGAAGGUGCAGGAUAAGUACAGGUAUUGCGAAAAGCGUCGGAAAGUGCUGCUCGACCACGUGCACGAAGGGUACGAAAAGGACUGGUGGGAAUACACCACCAAUUGAUGAUCGCAAUCGUGAAGUCCUGCGAUUGGAUCUCCACCUUGCCACCCGAUGCCCCUCCUUUGCCUACCCGUUAACACUUCCCGUCUACAGAGCUACAGCUCAACGAUUCGUUAUUGCCUUCCGUUCCUUUUAUCGUUUUUACCGCGAGAAUGGUCACCAGCAUGAACGCGGGGUUCGGGCGUUGGUUUGGUAAACUAAACGACCGAUGAAAAACGCUUCUCUCGAAAAUCAUCACCAUCCUUCCCACGGAUGCUGCAGAUCAUCAACUGCGUGGGUCAUUUGCGGCUUGCUCCGUAGAACAUUAUUUAGAUGUCUUGAUAAGUGGCGGGAAAUCGUGUUUUUCUCACAUUUUGGUACGCAUACGAUUUACCGUGAAGGGUGUUCAUUUUACGUAAAUUCAUGACGGAAAAGUUAUGGCUCUUGCUUUGCUCUUUGUGUUGUUUAAAAAUUUGCACGCACCAAUGUGGUUUAAAUGAUUCCAUUUGAUAAAACAGCGCAGUUAAACACCCAUAUGAACUUUUCGUGUACACUUUUCCUUACGUUCCUGUUGCCGUUAUGGCGCUGUACAUAAUGCUCCGGGAAUGUUCGAUGAAAACGCAAUCGGCCCUAUUUGGAAAAGGCUCUUGGUGGGUGGCAACGGCACUUGGGCGUUUGGCCCAUCCAAUUAGUCGUCGUUAGGAAAUGGCAAUAAAAGAAAAACCUAAUGUUGGUCCUGUUCAGCACAGAACAUCAUCAGUAUGCUGACCGAGUGGAUGGCGAUCCUAGCGUUCUGAUAAAGUGUAUAGAUGAAGACGCCCGAGAUGUGCUCAUAGUUGUUUGAUGUCUUACGGAUAGCGAUAGGUUUCAGAGUGCUCUUUUCACCAUUGUUCGUUUUCAAUAAGUUUGCUGCACACAUGUAACAUUUCAUGAGUUUUGUUGCUUUUAUUAUAAGUACAUGCUUUUGUUAGCAUCGAACAUUGCUUGUCCAUCACUAAAACGGCAAAAAGCAGAAAUAAUUUGUGCGAUCCGUUUUGUCCAGUAUUGAUUUAAUCUAUGCUGUGUUUUUGCCUUCUACUUGUCGUACGGCCAUACACGUUCCGUUUCCGUAUUACUUGACAGUUCAAUUGUUAAACAAUUUUCAUUUCUAUGUGUGUUUGCCUGUAAACUCUGACCGCCUUUCUGUUUUGGUUACAAUGUCCUACUUCCAACAGAUAAAUUAUUGUAAACCCCAGGCAACCCCAAGUAGGUAACAGAGCCAAAUGUCGCUAUUCAUUUCUAUGAUUUGUUAUUCGACAUUUAGUAACUAUUUAGCGACCGUGUAUAACAAUCUGCUAUACUCGUUUACGUGCGCUCUUACACAUUUUCUUCUCCGUGUACCUAUGUGGAGUUAGGGUGUAUUGCAGUAAAGUCGCUAAGAAAUAUUCCCAAGCCGCUCACAAAACUUUAUCCAAGCGUAGUAUGGUGAUAAGCAGCUCGACAAGCAUUAUAGGACAACCGUUGACUGGUAUGAGUUCUCUGCUUCUACCAAGGAUAUCGAGGGCGCAUUCAUAAUUUAUUAUAUUAAAAUAGAACAUGUUGAUGGAGCAAAUUAAGAAGCUGCAAAACCAACGCAAGAAGAACAUCUUUUCAUGAAAGGCACUGAAAGCACUACUUUCAGGCGUAUAUUUAUUAAACCGGUGAUAGUGUUGGUUACAGGAGUUGAUUGUUUUUGUUAUGCCAUCGCAUUCGUUUAGACGAGGGUAGGCACCACUGUUGGCACCGAGCGACGAUUGUAAAUGAAAACUUUCAUAAAUGUAAAUAGUUUUGUGUGGAGGAGCCCCAAGUUCAGGACGCUUCAGAAGCAAGAAAUACUAAAGAGAGAGAGAGAGAGAGAGAGAUAGGACGAGAAUUACACAAAAGAGCAGUGAUAUGUGACCUUUCGUUCGGAGGGUGUAUGCCCAAAGAUUCAACUGUUCUUUGCCACCGGGGGCUCACAAACGGUCAAACAAUGCACGCGAAUCAGCAGCGGCCCACGAUUCUUUGCUUGCGAUGCGUAAGCGUGACUAGGUUGGCAGUGAAUAUUCGUGCGUGUUGAAGGAUAGGAAGCGCACCGAAAACUGGCCAGAAUGUGUAUGUAUAACGGACGAAGCGGUAAACAUUUAUUCGCUAAACAUUGCGCAAGUAACUACGGCAAACGGAAAGGCGAAACAAAAUCAGACCGAAGAAGAUCUACAGAAGUCAAGCAUGAGGAAUGUUAUGUAUAUGGAUCUAUAUAUAUACAUAUUACGAAGAGAACUUGUGACUUUACAACUAAAGAAAGCAAAAAGUGAUCAAAUAUAUUGCGAUGAAAAAGAUGAAUAAACCGAAUCAAA